AUGAUUGCUCUAUCUAUAUCAAAUCCUGUGGUACAGGCGUUCAUCGUGCAUUCCGCCAUUUUGGGGAUAAAAGUGUUGGCCAUGAGUGGCUUGACAGCUAUCGCGCGGAUGACAAAAAAGGUGUUCUCAAAUCCAGAAGACGCUAAAUUCCUUAAGGGAAAGGUGAAAUUCGACGACCCAACUGUGGAGAGAGUUCGUCGUGCGCACCUCAACGAUUUAGAGAACAUUCCUGUGUUUUGGGUCCUUGGGGCGUUAUAUCUGACCACCAAUCCCGCAGCAGCGUGGGCUAUUUUGUUAUUUAGAGUGUAUACAGUCUGUCGAAUUGUUCAUACAUUAGUUUACGCUGUCGUACCGUUGCCUCAACCGACGAGGGCCAUUGCCUUUUUGGUCCCAGUUGUUAUCAAAUAUUAUAUGGGAAUACAAGUUGUUUUAUAUUACAUUACAGCUAUUUAA